UUAUUCGAUAGGUCCGGACAACCACAUUGCAUCUACGGGCUUUCACCUCGCGGCUCCUUAUCCAAACUCCCAGAGAAGAGUGCCGGUUCCGCUGUUUCGCUGGAACUUCAAGGACGUAUAUCCGAUAUGCCGGGAAAGUGAAGUUGAUUCUCAUCUACGGGCGCUGGUAAUUUCAAUGGCUCUCUCAACAGUGAAGAUAUCAGAGCUCUCUUUCCACAGUUCCAUGAUUUCCAAGCCCCUUCGCAACAAUCCCUCUCUCUCCCGCCUCCUUCACCGCCGCUUUCUUCUCCUAUUCUCCACCACAGCUUCCCUCCACUUCGCGGAACGCACGUCCUGUGGAGGCGCCGGAACCGAUUCUCGUCGUUCCUUCCUCCAUCGAAAAUCAAAAUGGGACGACGACGCCUGUUUUGAUGAAAAUUCGAACCAGAUAACCGCCACUCCCUCCUGGAUCCAGCAAUGGAAUACCCCGGAACCCCAGACAUCCCCAGCCACCCGAGAUGCAGGAGGCUCCAUAGACAGGAUCGUCCAUCGGCUUCGUAGUCUAGGUCUGGGUCUAGAUGAUGAUGAUGAUGAAAUGGAAGAAGUGGAGGUGAAGCCGCAAGUUCAGUUGGACGGCAGCGAGAGGUUGGGAGAUUUACUUGAGCGAAGCUGGAAUCGGCCCGAUACCCAGUACGUGGACCAGCCGGUUCUGCCAUGGGAGAGGGACGGGUAUAAUCAGUUCACGGAGGGAGAAGAUGGGAACCAGAAGAAGAAAAAGAGGGUGAGGGCGCCGUGGCUUGCGGAACUUACCAUUGAAGAUUCGGAGCUCAGGAGGCUGAGGCAGCUCGGGAUGACGCUGAGGGAGAGGAUUAGCGUGCCCAAGGCUGGGCUCACUCAGCCUGUACUGGAAAAGAUUCAUGAUACCUGGCGAAAGUCGGAGCUGGUGCGGCUCAGGUUCCAUGAGGCGCUGGCACGUGACAUGAAAACGGCGCAUAAACUAGUUGAGCGUCGAACAGGUGGAUUGGUUAUAUGGAGAUCAGGCAGCGUGAUGAUAGUUUAUCAAGGAAGCAACUAUAAACGACCUUCCAAGUUCCAAAUUUCUCAAAUUGAAGUGAACUCAAAUAAGAUACUAGAUGAAGAUGAUCAACAUUUUGUUCCAGAUAUUUCUAGUGCUACUAUGUUAUCUAGUGAAAAAAGAGACCAUGAUUCAUCUUCAAGUUCAAAUCAUAUCAAACCAUUUCAGAUUAUCAGAAAGCCUGUUGAAAGCAUGACCGAGGAGGAAGCAGAGUACAAUAUAUUACUUGAUGAAUUGGGCCCUCGUUUUGUUGAUUGGUGGGGAAUUGGGAUAUUGCCUGUAGAUGCUGACUUACUACCUCAAACUGUUCCUGGAUUUAAAACUCCUUUCAGACUUCUUCCAGUGGGAAUGCGUUCAAGGCUUACUAAUUCGGAGAUGACAGAUCUUCGCAAGCUUGCGAAAGGACUUCCGUGCCAUUUUGCCUUAGGGAGAAAUAGACACCACCAAGGUCUGACGGUUGCCAUACUGAAGCUUUGGGAGAAGAGUUUAGUUGCCAAGAUUGCCAUCAAGCAGGGAAUUCAAAAUACAAAUAACAAACUAAUGGCUGAGGAACUAAAG